CUGCCAUAACGAGAAGGUAAUCAGUGGUGAUCUUCUUCCCAAUUACCUUGCAAGAAAAAUACGACUAGCUACUUGUAUUUAAGUUGGAGAUAAUGUCACGUCAGCAUCUUUAUUUAGGUUGGUCUGACUGGCAGAUCGUCAUAUCCCACUCCUAACAUUCACCAUCGCCCAACUGGGUUUUGACGGCUAUGUCUUUUCUUCGGCUUCCUGGGAAGGCCAUAUUUCUGACAAAUAACAGAAGAAUUGUUUGUUCAGGUUCAGUUUCGACUAAUCUGUGCAGAAACAAGCAAACCCUGAGAAUAAUUGUGCAGCUGUGGCUUAGAGAAUUUGAGAAGUGAAGAUCAAAACUUUUAAGUUCUCUGUUAAAAUUAAGGAAAAGCUUGUGCAAGAUUAAGGCGGAAGUAAGGGAGAAUUUACAAUUAUAGCAUGGGCGAUUGUCCAAGCCCAUCGGAGAAGGAGCAAAGCUCAGCCAGGUUAACUUCUUCAUUUUUAUAUUCAUGCAAGGCCAAUACCUCAGAUUCUUCUCAAAGUGGAUAUUCAAGUCUUGUAAUUGAUAAUACAUCACAAAACUCUGAUACUGAUAACGAAAAGACUGAUGCUCAUAAUUCAGAGGCGGAUCGCAUGAAUAUUGUGCGUCACUGGUCUACUGAACAAGUCGGAAUGUGGUUUCAAAAAAGUGUUCCUUUUGAAAGAAACCGAAUGGAGGAAUAUCUGCAGAUUUUCCAAAAGGAAGAUAUAGAUGGUCAAUCCCUUCUUACUCUCAAGAGAAACCAUCGUGCUUGCUUUGGUAUGACUGACUUUGAAUGGCUAUUACUGAAGGAGGCAAGGAAGAGGUUAUUGGAUGGAUCUGAAAAAUCUGGGGGCAUUUUAGAACACCUUGGAACAUCACCUACAGCUACUGACAUUGAAAAUGUCUUAUUUUCAUCGUCAGCGUUGUCACACUCAUCAAGGUCUAAUGGUUCGUUGUGGACAGGAAGCUUUUGGAAGUUGCUGAGCAUUCCAAAAUUUAAUUGGGCAUCUGAUGUUUCUAAAGAAGAUCAGAUUGAGUUACUUUCAAAAGAAGUAGAAUCUCUUCGAGGAGAGAUUGCUAGUGCUGAUGAGCGAGAAACAAAUCUCAAUGCCCAGUUGGAGCAUCUUGAUGAAGUGCUUAGAUGUGCUCAACUUGCAGGUUACUUGUACACUAGAACGAGAUGGAUGGCUCUGCCAGGAGAGCCUCCAAUAGAUGAUACAGAGGUUGAUGAUUGGAUACAAAGAUUUGUAGUUCUUCAAGGAUCAUGCAUUUUCUUCUACCUUCGUUCAACAGAUAUAAGCCCACAAGAUUCAAUUCUUUUGGAAGAAAUUGUUGAAGCUGGACGUUUACCAAGUCAUAAAGAACAAGAUGGUGAUGAAAACUGGUUUUCCUUCUACAUUACAUCUUGCCAUGGAAUGCGUUUCGAAUGUUCUACUCAGUAUAAGUUUCAGGUUGACACUUGGCUAGCAGCUAUUGGAGUUGGUGUAAAACACAGAUUCUCAUUCCAGGACUCAACAAAAUUGUAAUGUUAUUGUUAUUUAACGAUUCAUAUUUUUUUAUGUAUGUAAUAUAAUGUAAUCAAUCGCAUAAGAGAAUAAAUUCCAAUGCAUGCUUGAAACCCAAGUUUAUUUUGCUGGUAAAUUCUUGUAUGAUGCAUAUGAAGUUCCCUAGAGGUUAGGUUCCUAGGGUUCCCUGUAAAUAAUGGUGGUGUCAAUUAUUACAUAUGUAUUUUAUAUGCUUACUAGCAAUCGAUAUAAAAUUAACGAAUAUCAAAUCAUUAAGAAUGUAUGGACCUUA